UAUGUUUAUUUGUGCUUAACCGUUUCUGUCUUUCUGAAGUCGCUCGCUUUCGGGAUCGUCAUCCACCUCUCCAUUUCCCGUUUCCGCCGCCCCUUCACGCCACUUCUCGGCGGCGGUCCCACCGGACGAACUCCGAAUUGACCAACGGAAGAAUCGAUCGGGAGGAGAGGAGAAAAGACCAGGAUGGGUAACGUGAACGGGAGGUACGAGAUCGAGGACGACAACUCCUUCGGCAGAUCGAGACCCGACGCGGACGACAGUUCCGUCGACGUCUGCGGCACUAGAUCCGUGGACUCAGUCGAUGAAUGUCCUCCAGAGAGCCCUGGACGAUCCCGAACUCCCCUCAUGUUUGCCCCCCAGAUUCCUGUACCUCCCUUGCAAAGCUCUGAUAAUCUAUACAAUGAACAUCACCUAUGGAUGAAAGAGCCUGAUCAGUCUUCUGAAGUCUACCUUGAAAAGGGUAUUCCUACAUUGUUCACGUGGAAUUAUGGAGGAAAUGUUGUCUUAGUAGAGGGAUCAUGGGAUAACUGGGCUUCAAGGAAGCCAAUGCAGAGAUCAGGCAAGGACCACACGCUCUUAAUGAAUCUCCCAUCUGGAGUUUACCAGUACAAGUUCCUCGUUGAUGGACAAUAUAAAUGUAUUCCGGAUCUUCCUCAUAUUACCGAUGAGAUGGGAAAUGCAACCAAUGUUCUUGAUGUCCAUGAUUAUGUUCCCGAAAAUGUGGAGAGCAUAUCGGAAUUCAACUCUCCACCAUCACCUGGCUCCAGUUAUAGUUUGUCCUUGCCCAGAGAUAAGGAUUUUGCCAAGGAGCCACCAGUUGUCCCAUCACAGUUACACCUAACAACACUAGGAAUGCCGGAUACUGAUGAAUCCUCACUCAAGCCCCAGCACGUCAUCCUCAACCACCUCUUUAUCGAGAAAUGUUCACCUUCCCAGUCAAUGGUAGCCCUUGGCCUGACGCACAGAUUUCAGUCCAAGUAUGUAACUGUCGUCCUAUAUAAACCAACCAAAAGAUGACAGUGCAUUUCUUGCUGCUCUCAAAAGCUGGUAAAAGUUGCAUGGAACUUGGCUGGAUAUCAAUUGAUACCAUAUAUAUUCUCAAUUGUCAGGUACCUCCUGCUGCAACUUCUGCAUAGCCUUGCUCUCAUUUUUCUUUUUCGGAUUUGAAUCGCCACUUGCCAUUUCUCUUCAAUGAGUUGUUUCUUUCCAGAGUGAUUGAGGUUAGUCAUCAAUGUGUAAAGACAAAAUUACGUCAUUUUUAGAUUCUCUUUUGUUAUUUAUUUUUGCAUUGUGAAAAAAAUACAAGAUUUCUGUUGUAUUCAUCUAAUUGAUAUAUGUGAUUCAAGUCCAGAUCAGGGUUGUUAA